AUGGCCGCGCUGUAUCUCCACAACGCCAUCUUUGUGCCAGAGCCCUCGGAGGACUCCAUGCACUCCCACCACCGCACCGCGUCGAGCGGCACGCUGCGCACGACCACCUCCGAUUCGCACCCCACCGAGCCCCUUCUGCGCAACACAGCGUCAGAAUCAUCCCUCACGUACCGCGAUCUGCUCUCGCACCAGCCCUCGCACCCGAACAUGCAGGGCUUCCCCGGCGCAGGCGACACCCGUCUCGAUCUCUUCUCGGACACCCUCGGCGUCGAGGAGCGGAAGGGGUACACAGAACUCGCGGUGCGCCGCCGAUUGCGCCGCCUGCGCCUCGUCAAACGCUUGCUGGAGCUCAUAAUCGCGAUAUGGACAGCGUACAACAUCGUGCGCUAUUUCAUCGCGUACACCGUGUACACGUCUUUUCGGGGGCAGAUCGCAGCGGUGUCGCUAGGCACCAUCACGUCCGUGUCGCUCGCGAUAUUCCUGACGUCUGAGGUGCUCGCGGUCCUGAAGGCGUAUCUGAUGUUCCACGACGUUCCCCUCCAGUUUCAGUUUAUCCUGCGCACUGUUCUGCAUGCAAUCUCGCAUUUCUUGCUCCUCGUGCCGACGAUCGUGAAUAUUGCGCUGGUAGUCGCAUGGAGGAACCUUAAACGCCCCGAUAUCGCCUUCCUGGAACGAUGUAAUAUGGACAUCGAUGUUGUGUGGUCGGUCUCGAGCGUAAAAUGCAGUGCAUGGACAUGGCAGACGUGGUUGUCCUUCGCUAUCGUCCGUAUAAUGCUUACAAUCGCACUAAUAGUCCUUCAUUUCUAUACCGCAUUCGCAUACCAGCGCACGCGACGUCCUGGGCAUCUCCCACGGCGUCCCUUCAUUUUACGACACGGCCACGGCCGCGGGCAGAGUGCGACCGAGCUAUUACCCAACGCCCCACCCCCCAGCGCCGCCCCCCACUCAGCCUCUUUCGCCGACAACCACACACAUCAGCCCUCCUAUACCACCCUCGCGUCCUCCUCCCGCCACGCACGCUCCUCAAACUCCCUGCGCCGCCAAUCAUCCUCGCAAACCCGGCUCAACCGUGCUCCGCGCCACUCACCCAACUCCUCCUCAUCUGACCUCUCUUCCACCGAACUAGACGUCCACAACAACCCGUUAAAAGCCGAUUCCGGCAUGGAUGGCUUCCUCGACCGGUACAGCUCGGUCAUCAGCCAGAUACACCGCGAGACGGAGGAGGGGAUGCUCUACGCGCAGCCCGACACGCCGCGGCUGCCCCCCGGCGCGGCGCCGCCCCGCCCGCCCGAGAACUACAUCCACACCAUGGCGGCGUACGACGAGUACGGGCGGCCGCGCCCGCCGGAGGGCCACGUGCGGGUGAUGGGCGCGCUGGUGAAGAGGAUGCCUACGAUCGAGUCGAUAGGAUCCGGGGAGGCCGCCAGUGUUCUCUCGGCCCGCGGCGGGAUGCGCACGCCUUCGCCGCAUAAUUCUGGGAGCCGGCCGCCCACGCGGGCGAACACGUUCUCUACUAUGGGCAGCGAGCCGCCGAGCCGGGCGAACAGCCUGUCGGUUGCUGUGGAGCGGGUGGCUUCUGGGAGCCCUGGGUCCAGCAGCGGCAGCGGGGGAGGGGGAGGGGCGGGGGGAGGAGGGGGAGUUCUGGGAGGCGUGUCGGAGGUGUUGGAGGUGUUGGAGGAGGGCGGUGGGAGUGGGGAUGGGGAUGGGGGGGUGUCCGAGCUGGGGGAGGUCGCUACGCCGCGGCUGGGGAGCGCCGGGACCGCGGGCACGGCGGACACAGGUAGGGAUACGAAUCGGACGAACUCGUAUUCGUAUUAUACGGCCCGGAGUGGGAGCACGGUGACUUCUGCUUCUGCGAGGUCGAGUCCGGAGGACGCGUCGUAG